UUGGGGUAUAAAACAGCCACUAUACAGGAUCAGACGAUCAUCUUGUUUCCUCCUUCUCCUUUACAAUGUCUUCAAAAGCAAUCAGAGAAUACGACGCAAAACUUCUCUUGGCCUAUUGGCUUCAACGUGCACCGGCACCAAACCCAAACUUCGCCCCUUCACCUUCAUCUACUCUUAAAUUCCCUGCUCCACGCGUAGCGCAGAUCUUAUGGGAUCCUGCAACUGAUUCGAUCACCCCAGAUACCCUUCUCCCAUCUUGGGUUUCCACCACAAAGCUCGUCGCAAAGCCAGAUCAGCUCAUCAAACGUCGAGGCAAAGCAGGCUUGCUCGCUCUCAACAAAGACUGGCAAGACGCCAAGAAAUGGAUUCAAGAUCGCGCAGGCAAACCUCAGAGGGUCGAAUCAGUCACAGGCACUCUCAGCUCAUUCAUCGUAGAGCCCUUCCUUCCCCAUCCUUCAGACUCUGAAUACUACAUUUGCAUUACUUCAGCACGUGACGCAGACACCCUCCUCUUCACUACUUCAGGUGGUGUCGAUGUAGGCGACGUCGAUGCAAAGGCACUCAAACUCGACAUCCCUGUCCUUGGUCCCUUCCCCACCCGUGCUCAUCUACAGGCCACCCUCCUUCGUGAAGUUCCAGCCCACAAGAAAGAAGUCCUCACCGACUUCCUCGUCAGACUCUACUCUGUCUACGUAGAUCUCCACUUUGCUUACCUCGAGAUCAAUCCUUUGGUCGUCCUCGAUGACGGCUCUAUCCACUAUCUCGAUAUGGCUGCAAAGCUCGACCAGACCGCCGAGAGUAUCUGCGGACCAAAGUGGGCAGUCGCACGAGACUUGACGGUCUACGAGAGCGCACCAGCUGCAACCACAACUGGCUCAAAGAUAAACGCUGACCGUGGCCCACCCAUGGCUUGGCCCGCUCCGUUCGGUAGAGAUCUCACAAAGGAAGAAGGUGGAGGUGCAUCUGUCGUCUACAGCGACGCCAUCGCAGCAGCAGGUUUCGCACAUGAACUUGCCAACUACGGUGAAUACUCUGGUGCCCCAAGCGAGGGCCAGACAUUCGAAUAUGCUAAGACCAUCCUUGACCUGCUCACGCGGCCACCUCCCCGUCCUGAUGGCAAGGUACUCAUCAUCGGUGGUGGUAUCGCAAACUUCACCAACGUAGCUGCAACUUUCAAAGGCAUCAUCCGCGCGCUUACAGCCUACAAAUCGCAACUCAUCGCACACAAUGCCAAGAUCUACGUCCGUCGCGGCGGUCCCAACUGGCAAGAAGGUCUCAAGGCCAUGCGUCUACUUGGCGAAUCUCUCGGCGUCCCCAUCCGCGUGUUCGGUCCAGACACACACAUCACCGAAAUCGUGCCCCUUGCUCUCGGCCUCAAAUCCACAACAAGCGCAACAGCACCCAUAAGCAUCCCCGCCACCGCACCCGGCUCCCCCAAGGUCUCACCCGCAUCUCCUGAGCCCGGGGUUGGCGAUGUCGGGGCCAUCCAUGCAGACGGUGAACGCACCCAGCCCGACGACGUCGUGGUCCGCUUCGAUUCACUUGAAGGUACCAAAGGCUCCAGGCCCGCAUACAGGCCUUUUGACGAAGACACCCGAAGCUUCGUCUAUGGUCUCCAACCACGUGCCAUUCAGGGGAUGUUGGACUUUGAUUACAGUUGUAAACGCGCGCGUCCCUCCGUGGCAGCUAUGAUAUACCCCUUUGGUGGACACCACAUCCAGAAAUUCUACUGGGGCACACGCGAGACUCUUCUCCCUGUAUACACCUCUCUUGAAGAAGCCGUCAAGAAGCACCCCGACGUCGAUGUCGUCGUCAACUUUGCGUCCAGCAGAAGUGUGUAUAGCAGUACGAUGGAGUGUUUAGGCUAUAAGAGUAUCAAGGCCAUUGCAUUGAUCGCCGAGGGUGUGCCAGAACGCCAGGCAAGGGAGAUUCUGUGGAAGGCGAAGGAGAAGGGCGUGUUGAUUAUCGGCCCUGCUACUGUUGGUGGAAUCAAGCCUGGUUGCUUCAGGAUCGGCAAUUCUGGAGGUAUGAUGGACAACAUCAUCGCCUCCAAGCUCUACCGCCCCGGCAGUGUCGGCUACGUCUCCAAAUCCGGAGGCAUGUCCAACGAACUCAACAAUAUUCUCAGCCUCGUCACAAACGGCACCUACGAAGGUAUCGCCAUCGGUGGUGACCGUUACCCCGGCUCGACCUUCAUCGACCACCUCCUCCGCUAUGAAGCUGACCCCGGAUGCAAAAUGCUCGUCCUCCUCGCUGUCAAGUCUGGCAAGAUUAAGAAACCCAUCGUUGCAUGGGCGAUCGGGACCUGCGCAAGCAUGUUCACUACCGAGGUCCAGUUCGGACACGCAGGGAGUAUGGCCCACAGCGAUAGCGAGACUGCGGCUGCUAAGAACAAGGCUAUGCGCGAGGCAGGCUUCAUCGUGCCUGCCACCUUCGAGGAGCUCCCUGCUGCUCUGAAAAGCACAUAUGAGGCCCUUGUCGCGCAGGGCGUUAUCGUCCCCACUAAAGACGUCGAGCCGCCUGUGAUUCCCAUGGAUUACAAAUGGGCGCAAGAGCUGGGGCUUAUCAGGAAACCGGCUGCGUUUAUCAGUACGAUCUCUGACGAGCGUGGACAGGAGCUACUCUAUGCAGGCAUGCGUAUUUCGGAUGUCUUCAGAGAAGAUAUCGGCCUUGGAGGAGUCGUCUCUCUUCUCUGGUUCAAACGCCGUCUUCCCCCCUGGGCAACCAAAUUCAUCGAGAUGGUGCUCAUGCUCACUGCAGACCACGGCCCAGCCGUCAGUGGUGCCAUGAACACCAUCGUCGCUACCCGUGCUGGCAAGGACCUCAUCUCGAGUUUGGCGAGUGGCUUGUUGACGAUUGGGAGUCGGUUCGGUGGGGCACUCGAUGAGGCUGCUAGUAUGUUCAGUGGGGCUAGGGAUACGGGGUUGACGCCAAGGGAGUUUGUGGAUAAUUCUAGGAAGGCGAAUAAGCUCAUCUCUGGUAUCGGCCACAAGAUCAAAUCGGUGAACAACCCCGAUCUCCGUGUCGAGCUCGUCAAGGAAUACGUGAGGAAGAACUUCCCAAGCCACUCGCUUCUUGAUUACGCGCUUGCUGUUGAGAAGGUGACAACGAGCAAGAAAGAUACCCUCAUCCUCAACGUCGACGGUUGUAUCGCCGUCUCCUUCGUCGACCUUCUGCGUGACAGUGGUGCCUUCACCCCAGAAGAAGCCGAUGAAUACAUCAAGAUAGGGACCCUCAACGGUCUCUUCGUCCUUGGCCGCAGCAUUGGUUUCAUCGGGCACCACCUCGACCAAAAGAGGCUUCGUGCGCCGCUUUACAGACACCCUGCUGAUGAUAUCUUUAUCAACAUUGCCGAUUUGAGUCAGCCCAGGGUGCUGGGGAAGAUGCAAUGAGGGGUGCGCGUCGAUUGUACUUGGACCUGGAUUUGGCGUUGUCAAGUGAAGUGAACUCGAAGCCGAGCCGCCGUGCCGUUGUAAAAUGAAGACUAUUAACACAUACAUAAUCAUUACGAACUCAACUUCGCAGUUUGUUGUUUCUGUACUCAGUACUCAUGGAUUCGGAGAUCGUUUAAAAUAGGUAGCAUGAACGCAUUUCAUACUGUUUGCAAUGGAUAGAUUUUCUCUUGAA